UCCCCACUGGUGCCGGCAAGGUAGAGACCAAAGCUCAGAGUCGACCGCCGCCGCAGCGGAGGAGCAAGGGAAGGAUGUGGGUUUUUGGUUAUGGGUCCCUGAUCUGGAAGGUGGACUUCCCUUAUCAGGACAAGAUGGUCGGAUACAUCACAGGCUACAAAAGGCGCUUCUGGCAGGGAAGCACCGACCAUCGCGGGGUCCCCGGCAAGCCUGGAAGAGUUGUGACUCUUGUUGAAGAUCCUGGGGGUUGUGUUUGGGGUGUUGCUUAUAGACUGCCAGUAGGAAAGGAAGAAGAAGUAAAAGCAUACCUUGACUUCAGAGAAAAAGGAGGCUACAGGACCACGACAGUCAUUUUUUAUCCAAAAGAUCCUACAACAAAACCAUUCACUGUGUUGCUGUACAUAGGAACAUGUGAUAAUCCUAAUUAUCUUGGUCCUGCACCUCUAGAAGACAUUGCUGAACAAAUUUUUAAUGCAGCUGGUCCAAGUGGAAGAAAUACAGAAUAUCUUUUUGAACUUGCAAAUUCAAUUAGGAACCUUGUGCCAGAAGAUGCAGACGAGCAUCUUUUCUCUUUGGAAAAAUUAGUAAAGGAACGUUUAGAAGGAAAACAGAACCUCAAUUGCUUAUAAAGACCUAAUCACUGACUUUUCCAAACAAGCAGAGCUUUUAGUCUUCAGAGAAAAGCUAUAGCUCCAUGCACGCUGGCAAUAUGAUUUGGAAACAUGUUUACUUGAAGGUCUUAUUUAUUUUUAAUGUUGCAGUCAAGAUACGAUCAAAAUGUGCAGUUUAAUUUCAUGUAUCCUGAAACAUAUAAAUAUUUAAAAUACUGGGAUAUAAGGAAAAAAUUCAAGUUUUAAUAAUAUAAUGGUUUCCUAACUAUAUGAUAUUGAACACUUGCUCAUAAGAAGUGAGUUCUUUAGAAAAAUACAAUGAAGGACUCAGUUCAGAGCUUGUUUUUAUCAGAGUAAAAAUAAUUCUGUUGUUUCAUAUCACAAAACUAUUUUGAAGUUGUAGAGAAUUAAACCAAAGUCCAGUAAAUAUAAUAAGGUAUUAUCUUCAAUAUAUUCCUAUACGAUAAUUGUGUAACCAUGGUUUAAAAUAUAUAAACUUAAAAUAAUGUGUAAUUAGAAAUAUAUGGUAAUUAGACAAGAUUUCAACCUUCAUUGUGAAUUUCCUUGUUCGGGUAUUAAAUAAGACCCUUUCCAAUGUAAGUCAAAAAGACUGGCAUUUUUAACAUAAAAAUUUCCUUGGAAUUAUAA